AUGGAGGAGUGGGCGAAGCUGCGCCACACCAGCCGCUUCUUGGUGCGCGCCUCGUUGCUCUCCUCGCAUCCGGAGAAGAAGCGGUCCGGGGACGCGCUGCACGGCGCCGCACAGGUCCCCACUGGGAUCCUGGUGCAUGGUUGUCACCUCAGCGCUGAUGGCUGGGAGCAGAUCGUCUGGGGUCGCCCGCCCCACGAGCUGGGCCGCCUGCCGCACGCGGUGCUCCUCGCCUGGGAGGAGCGCGCCACGGUGGUGGUCUUCGGCACCGGGGCCUCGGAGAAGGACGGCCUCAAGGAGAGCGAGUACACCUUGAAGUAUUUGUGGGACCGGUGGUCCGAGCUGGCGCACUUCGAGCCUUUGCAUCGUGUGCCGCUGGACAAGGCGCAGGAGCUCAUGCGCGCCGUGAGCGUCAUCGACGCGAGCACGCAGAACACGGACCAGGAGGUGCGCGAAGGGCUGCGCGUCAUGCGAGAAAAAGGCUGCCACCACGCGGUGCUGGUGUCCUCCCCCACGCACCUGCCGCGAUGUCUAGCCUGCGCCUGCAAGGUGGUGGAAGAGGAGCCCGAGCUUUUCGAGGGCCCCAUCUACGCCAGCCCUUCGGACACCUGCUACCAGGGGGCGUCCAGCUCGGAUGUGGUGGUGGUGGAGCCGCCACAUCGGGGGGACCGGGACAAGAGCCUGGAUGCUCUCAAGUUCCAUGAGCUGGUGCGGAGGAGCUACGGAGUUCCCAAGGACAAGAAAGUGGAAUUUCUUCAGAAGUUCACCGACUUGCUGGAGGAGACGCGGCGAAAGCUGCAGGACAUACUGGCGCAGGAUGCGGCACAAGAGUCCGUGCGCGCGGAGGCGGCGCCGCUGCUCGCGGAGCUCCGGCGCCGGGGCUUCCGCCUGGCGCUGCUCUCCAACGCGGCGACCCCCAGCUACACGCAUGUGCUACAGCACCCCGAGCUGCGGGAGCUCUUGGACCCGGACCUGUGCUUUUUCUCCUGCGACAUGGGCCUGGUGAAGCCGGACGUGCGCAUCUUCGAGCUGAUCUGCUCCGCUGCCCAGGUGCCGAAGUCCUGCGCCCUGAUGGUGGGCGACAGCCUGAGGAGCGACUUUCAUGGCUCAAGGUCAGCUGGGCUCAGGCAGGUGCUGCUGGACGUGGCAGGCUGUCAUGCUGACAUCCAUCCGCGCAUUUCUUCGCUGUCUGAGCUGCUGACACUGCUGCCGGAGAAGGCGUGA